AUGACGGACCGGAUGCACUCCCGCGAAGGGUCCGAAAGUUCUCUCAACAAUGCCAUUGUUUCUCCACGAUCAAGCGCCGAAUCUCGCUCUCCCUCCGCACGAACACAACUCCGCGUUUCACACAUGCCUCCAUCAAAUCAUCAGCAUAGACCCAGUUUGAGCGAGUCACUUCGGGGCCCUCCUGGCUCUCCCCGUGCACGCCGACAACCGUCUCUUCCACAGUCUGCUCUCCAGAGCCUUAUCGACAACCCUCCGCCACCGAAGGCCACUGACCCUGCCUUUGUUGGACGUGAUUGGAGAAAAAUUUCAAUUGGCGAGCUAGUCAGUCCGGAUGAUUUGAAGUUUGUGGAGCUCGAUACGGGCGUCGAGGAGGCAACUAACAUCCUCAUCGACUCCGGUGCACCUGUGUUGCUGAUCCGCGAGACUCCUGAAUCUACCUCUGCUGUCGCCACGUUUGAUUAUUCCGAUCUCAACUCCUAUCUUUUGCUGGCAGCGGGCCUGACCUCUCCCGACGAAGCGUACCGAGCGUCGUAUGACGCGCUGGCCAAGAAAGCCCAUGAUGGGGUGCCGAUUCCCCUCCGCGAUGUCAAGAAGUUUGGCAUGGAAAAGGAGCCGCUGAUCAAUCUGCCAACCUCGGCCAAUGUCUUGAAUGCAGUGGAGAUCUUUGGUGGUGGUGUUCACCGGGUUGUGGUGGUCAAUGAGUCAAAUGACAAAGAAGUCGUUGGCAUCUUCAGUCAGUUCCGAUUGGUGAAAUUCCUCUGGGAAAAUGGUCGCAGCUUCCCGAUUAUUGAGGAGCUCUAUCCGAAAGCCCUGCGGGAGCUGGUGAUUGGUUCCCAUGAGGUGAUCUCUAUCAAUGGUGACAAGCCUCUAUCUGAUGCCCUCCAUGUGAUGAACAACGAGGGAAUGUCCUCAAUCGUGGUCGUUGACAAUUAUUUGAACGUACUUGGGAAUAUUUCCACGGCAGACGUUAAGCUUUUGACUCGCUCAUCUUCAUUGCCGCUUCUUCACAACACGUGCACUAACUUCAUCUCGGUCAUCCUGUCCACACGGGGGUUGGUUGAGGGUAAAGACUCAUUCCCGGUCUUUCAUGUCAACCCAGGAUCGACACUGGCUCAUACCGUCGCAAAGAUCGUGGCAACUCGAUCACAUAGGCUGUGGGUGACCGACCCCUCAUCGCCCGCCUCGUCGGGACCGCCAACUCCAUCUCAUUCUUCAGUACACAUUCCUAUCUCUAGCGGCAUCGGCCCAACUACUGGAUCGCAGUCCGCGAAUUCUCCACCACCAUCCCCCCUUCCAGCACCUGUGACACCCUCAGCACAACCCUCUCAAUACACCGCUCCUCAUCUACCAGCUCCCAAUCCACCUUACACAUUCCCAGCCACAGGUGUGCCGGCUCCAAUGCCGUCCCCAAUUUCGCAUUCUAUCCCUUCCGCGGCCCUAGACGGAGCCAGGCUCUCCGGGCGCCUAGUUGGAGUAGUCAGCUUGACUGACAUCUUGAACCUACAUGCCCGAGCCAGUGGACUGAACCCAGCAGAUCCCUCCGAGUCUCGGAACCGCCGCCGACGCAGUAGUUCGUCGAGCCAGAGUGUUCGUCGCAGUGGUGAUAUUGGCCGGGAGCUUUUCAGCCGGGGUGGUAUGUAG